AUGGUGAAUCAGCAUGACCGUACCGGUGCUCGGGUUGGCUCCGAUGGAAUAGUACCGAGUACCGAAGUGCUUCAAGAUUUGUUUAUGCUGGGUGAUGUAAUGAUCGCUGGAGGAACUGGCUACAGUAGAGUACCUACUCUAAUAUUUUUAAUUGGGAAAAAACUUCUCCAUGCAGCCGUAUAUCCGUUCCUUUCGGUAUUGAUAGGACGGCGGAGAUUAAUUCACAUUGCCUCCUGGCUCUGGAAUUGGAGGUUCAGGGUUUUGAUAUGA